GUUGUUUAGAGAUACCCAAAAAGGAAAUUACUGCUCGUUGGGAAAGACAAGAAUUGCACAAUAUUACCCUUUCUUAAUCAAAUUUGUUAUGCCAACGCCUAAUAUAUUAAAGCACUACCCCAUCAGAUUUUUAAGUGUCAUUGAUAAAAUGGCAUCAAACUUUAAAGUUAAACAAGCCUUUGAUUAUUUUCUAGUCUUGGAUUUUGAAGCAACAUGUGAUGAUAAAGUUUCAAUACAGCCUCAAGAAAUAAUUGAAUUUCCGUGCAUUAAGGUGAAUGCUCAAACAUUUGAAAGUGAAAAAGUUUUUCAUCGAUACGUUAAACCAGUUUAUCGACCCCAGUUGACCCCAUUUUGUACAGAGUUGACAGGAAUUAUUCAAGAUAUGGUAGAAAAUGAAAAUAAUUUUAUCGAAGUUUUCAAGGAUUUUGACAUAUGGAUGAAAGAAGAAUUGCUAGAAAAAGAAAAGAGUUUUGCAUUUGUUACUUGUGGAGAUUGGGAUUUAAAAACGAUGCUUCCUAGUCAAUGUAGAACAUCAAAUUGUAAUAAACCAAACUAUUUUAAUAGUUGGAUUAAUAUUAAAAGAUCUUUUAGCGAUGUAACGGGCACUUGGCCAAGGGGAAUGAUUCCAAUGUUACGUCAAUUAAAAUUAAAGCAUGAAGGACGACAUCACAGCGGAAUUGAUGAUUGUAGGAAUAUAGCAAAUAUUUUAAAAGGGCUCGGUCAAAGAGGAUACAUCUAUAGGCUUACACGUCAUUAAUACUUUCUUGUUUAUUUAUUUGCUAGGAACGGAACUUUUUAAAAACUGCUCUUUUCGUCUUUUUAUUAAUAUUGUUGCUUUGACUUUUAAUGUUAAAAC